UCCUCUAAACCCUAAAUUAUUUGACCGGCGAUCAUGUCAAACGACACCGACGAUUCCAUCUCCCCCCUCCCCAUCACCACCGAACCAAAAACAAACCCUAAUCCCUCACAGCACCUAAAGCGGCUUCCAAAACGUUUCGUGAAGAAUCAAAUUCCAGACUCAAUCCUCUCCAAUCCAGCCCUAAACGCCGCAAUAUCCCUCCUUCCCUCCAACUAUAAUUUCGAGGUCCACAAAACACUGCACCGCAUCUCUUCCUCCUCCGCCCGCCGCGUCGCUCUGCAGUUCCCGGAUGGCCUCCUUAUGUACUCCCUUCCCCUCGCCGACAUAUUUCGCUCCUUCUCUUCGACCACCGACGUCCUCGUCCUCGCCGAACCCACCUAUGGCGCCUGCUGCCUCGACGACUACGCCGCCUCUGCCUUGUCCGCCGACCUCCUUGUGCAUUACGGCCACUCUUGCCUCGUCCCCGUUCCCUCCUCCCUGCUCCCGGUCCUCUAUGUCUUCGUCGACAUCCGCAUCGAUGUUCCCCGCCUAGCCGCCACCGUACAAUCCGCUUUAGCGCCUCCACGCUGUCUUGCUCUGGCUGGAACGGUGCAGUUCGUCGGGGCUGUCCACGCUGCGAGAUCGCUUCUCGAGGCUGAGGGAUUCAACGUCGUCGUUCCCCAGGCGAAGCCUCUGUCGCCUGGCGAAGUACUUGGAUGCACCGCGCCGACCAUGCCGAAGAGCUAUGGUGUCGACGUCGUCGUGUUCGUUGCCGAUGGAAGGUUCCACCUUGAAGCCUUCAUGAUUGCCAAUCCGGGAAUUCCAGCUUAUCGAUACGAUCCCUACCUUGGCGUGUUGGUUUUGGAGGAGUACGAUCAUGAGGGGAUGAAGAAGGCCAGGAAAGACGCCAUCUUUGCGGCCAGGGAGGCCAGGAAUUGGGGAAUUGUUCUUGGGACGCUUGGCAGGCAGGGGAACACGAAGGUUUUGGACCGAGUCGUGGAUAAAAUGGAAGAGAAGGGGUUGGACUGGACUGUGGUGCUGAUGUCAGAGAUAUCACCUGGACGGAUGGAGCUUUUUAGGGAUAGUGUGGAUGCUUGGGUUCAGAUUGCAUGCCCUCGGCUUUCUAUUGAUUGGGGUGAGGGAUUUUCAAAGCCUAUGCUUACCACAUUUGAGUUGGACAUUGCCUUGGGUAUUAUUCCUGGUUGGUGGGAGAAAGAUAGAAGAGCGGGAGCAAGGAAUACGAUGCACUGUCAACAAGGCUGUAGAAAGAAACAAACUUGUUCUGGUACAGGCUGCUGCCAGAGCAGUGAUUCCUGUUGUGGUUCUGCUGAUGAAGGGACGGAUUAUCCCAUGGAUUAUUAUGCUCUGGAUGGAGGAGACUGGAAUAGCUCUUAUGUGAAGAGGAAAACUGCUACCAUUGAGGUUAAGCUCUGCAACUGAAUAGGUAACAAGCCUUUGAAGUAUGCCCUGUAUUAGUAUUUAAUUUUUACAAAAACUUCUGUCAUUCUUCUUGGCUUUUUAAUCAUAUCAUCUUGUGAUCAAAACUGCAGGCAAAAGAUGUAGCAUUGCAUGAGUCAAUGUUUAUUACUAAAUAAUAUAAUUGGAUGCUCAACAGUAAACUCAAUCAUUUUUACUGUAUUUUUAAUAUGGCAAUUAGUGUUGUCUGAAAAGCUCCUAGUUUGCACCAGCUUUUGUUCUGCCCACUAAGGAGCUAGUUUUCGAUUUGUUUUCUUUACAAGCCGAACACAAG